AUGCCGGAGGGUAUACGGAAGUAUUACGUGCUUCUGCUAAACUUAAUUCUGCUCUUCUUAAUCGCCUGGCAAGCGUCGCCUUACGUCACGAGAAGUUACGAUUACCGCGGCGUGACCAGCGCUGGUGGAAAGGGAAUGAUGACGCUAGGGAAGGACGUGCCUGUACAGAGUUCCGCCGCCACCGACGCCAAGGAGGCAUCGCUGGAUUCGUCCGAGUGGUCGCUCUCGGACAAGCUCGUCGCAGGGCGACCAGCAGCCGUCGCAGGCGACGCAACGGGGUCGCAGGAGCGGGGCAGCGGCGCGGCGAGCGACAGCCACGGACGCGGACAGGGAGAAUCUGGCGAUGCGGGGCGGCACCGAGAGGGGGGCGCGGCGGAUGGGGGAAAAGGUUCCGCCAAGGCGAAAGAAAAGCUUGAACACGUUUGUUACACUUCCUCGGCCCCAUGGAAGGGCUACCAUCUGGUUCCGCGCAACCACCUUCCCCCAGGGGUGGUGGUGGGUGGGAGGGGGUGUGCGCGCUGUGUGCGUGGAAGGGAGUGCGGCAUGCGCGUUUGGAUCAACGCCCCGGCCACUUGGGUGCAGAUCUACCCCAACGCCAGCUGGUGGAAGAAGGACAUGACGCUUAUCCUCAAGGGCCCCGCUCUCUCCCACGGCGACGUGCGCUGCCUCGACCCCCCUGCCUGCUCGCAACUCGACCUGACCUACCGCCUCUGGGACCUCACACUCACCUACCGCCUCUGGGACGUGGGGCAGUACAGGUGCGUGCCAAGGGAUGGGAAGUGGUGGGAAGUGGUGGGAAUGGGUCAGAAUGGGUUUGGAAUGGGUAAGUCAUCACUGGUGCAGGCAGCUACGGGGCAGAGCAGCGGGUGUGGUUCUUACUUGACCCCUCGCCUGCUCCCAGCUCGCCCUCUCCUACCGCCUCUGGGACGUGAGCUCGCCCUCACCUACCGCCUCUGGGACGUGGGGCAGUACAGGCGCGUCAACCUGUCCUUUGAUGCCCUCCCUAGCUUCCACUCGGCAGUGCGUUUCCUCUCUUCCCAGGGCAUUCUUGAGCGUAGGCUGCGCCAACUUGCGGUUCGCCCCCAACUACAAGCAGCACCUGAGCCUCAUCCCGUUCCUCCCUUUUCCACUUCGCCCCAUGCGACCUUCUCUCACUCUUCCCCAGGCAUUCCUGAGCGUAGGCUGCGCCAACCUGCGGGCAUUCCUGAGCGUAGGCUGCGCCAACCUGCGGUUCGGCCCCAACUACAAGCAGCACCUGAGUCUCAUCUACAGCCUCUCUGUUCCGUUCCCCUCACGUGUUCGUCUCCUCUCUCCCUUCCCAGGGCAUUCCUGAGCGUAGGCUGCGCCAACCUGCGGUUCGGCCCCAACUACAAGCAGCACCUGAGUCUCAUCUACAGCCUCUCUGUUCCGUUCCCCUCACGUGUUCGUCUCCUCUCUCCCUUCCCAGGGCAUUCCUGA